AUGUGCAUUGAUUGUCGGCAAGCGCGUCGGCAGAGUCAAGUGACCGUCGACGGAUCGCUUGCGUUCGUAGCGUCCGUCGUCGCCGUGUCACUGCUCUUGAGACUUGUCGGCCUGUUCUUCAGGUACCUCCUGGGCAUCGUGUUGGCCGCGCUGCUCGAGGCGGUCACCGCCCAGAACAAUAACCUUGUCCUGCCGCUAUACACUUGGUCAAUCCUGAAAUUCCUCUUCCGCUCCCCCUAA